AGCCCCAUGGCGGUCCGAGCGUCGUUCGAGAACAACUGCGAGGUCGGCUGCUUCGCCAAGCUCACCAACACCUACUGCCUGGUGGCCAUCGGAGGCUCGGAGAACUUCUACAGCGUGUUCGAGGGCGAGCUCUCCGACACCAUCCCCGUGGUGCACGCGUCCAUCGCCGGCUGCCGAAUCAUCGGGCGCAUGUGUGUGGGGAAUAGACAUGGUCUGCUUGUACCCAACAACACAACUGACCAGGAAUUGCAGCACAUUCGCAACUGCCUCCCAGAUUCAGUGCAGAUCCGGCGUGUAGAGGAGCGUCUUUCAGCUUUGGGCAAUGUCACCACCUGCAAUGACUAUGUGGCGCUAGUCCAUCCAGAUUUGGACAGGGAGACAGAAGAAAUCCUGGCUGAUGUGCUCAAGGUGGAAGUCUUCAGACAGACAGUGGCUGACCAGGUGCUAGUAGGGAGCUACUGCGUUUUCAGCAACCAGGGAGGCCUGGUCCAUCCCAAAACUUCAAUUGAAGAUCAGGAUGAGCUUUCUUCUCUUCUCCAGGUGCCACUGGUGGCAGGCACUGUGAACAGAGGCAGUGAAGUGAUUGCUGCUGGGAUGGUGGUGAAUGACUGGUGUGCCUUCUGUGGCUUGGACACAACCAGCACAGAGCUGUCGGUGGUGGAAAGCGUCUUCAAGCUGAAUGAAGCCCAACCCAGCACCAUUGCUACCAGCAUGCGGGAUUCUCUUAUUGACAGCCUCACUUGAGUCACCUCCCUGGCCUCCCUGGGCUUCCGGCUCUGGACUUUGACUUGCUUUCCACACCCUACCCAGUUUGUACUGAAUGUUAGCAGGAAAGUGGCAGUCACUGGACUGAGUGGCUGGAGACCCAGCCCUUAUUCAUCCAAUUGCAUCACCUGACUACAUAAUUGCUGCAAAAAAAUCUGCCACUUGUAUUCACAGUCAGCAGUUUGUGCUGAUUGCUCUUGCUGAGGGGCCUGCUGUCCUGUGCCACUUCAUUAAAGAGCAGCUGCCUCUAGCCA